CUCCCCACAGGAGAUGUAGGCACAGGGUAUACCAUGUUACACCACUUUAACUCACACAUCGGCCCUCUAUACAGGUUCCCAUCACAACUGCAUAGAUUGCUGUCCAUGUAGCUUGCGUGGUGGCCUUUAAAAUCACGUUACAAAUUAUUUCUCAAGUGGAGGUGAUACUAGGAUCGCAGUAGUGAUAAGUGUUGCAAUAGUUUUUGUGAGUCCCAGCAUUAAAAACAGUUGUUGCAUGUUGGAACAACGAUUUUUGUUAGUGCCUCCGCACCAGUUCAGGAACGUGAUGUUGGCAACGCAAACAUUGCAAAUUUCCUCAAGCCUAAAACUUAAACCAAUGCUUUGAAAAUACCGGUUAAAUGUUUGGCAAACCUAAACUAAGCUGUGCAUGAAGAUGCCUUGAACGUCACUGGCUUGAUUCAAAGUCUUUGACGAAAUACACUGCAACCUCAUAUAUAAAGUUAUGCCUAACCAGCUCUAACCAGUGCAAAGAUGCUGUGCAGCACGAGCAAGAAUUAUCAUCUUUAGAAAGAAAGUGGUUCUAAAGAAUACCCACUCAUUCUGUCGAGACAUCUACGUCAGAAUAGUGGUAGAAAUCCCUCUUAUCAACAAAGGGGAUUGAGUGUGCGCAAAAGGGGGAGGGUAAAAUCGCACAACAACAACCUCUGAUGUUUCUCGUUAAAUGAAAAUUUCUCAACGCAAGCAAUGUCUGCGAAGGCGAGUACUUCAGAAAAGGCAGCGGACAUGCCAGAUGAUGUCCUGACCAACCUAACUCGAUCUCAGUUUAAUGAACAACUAGAUCAGCAUCAGACACUGUUGCAAGCCAAAAAUGCUGAACUUACUCGGCUCACAGAGAUGCUGAAAAGUGUGAGGGAACAAAAGGAACCUUUUACAAAAAUAAAAGUAACCCUUCAAACAGAAAUUAAUGAAGCUAACAUAGCCAUCAAUGCAAAAACAGAGGAAGUUACUCUCAUCAAGCAGAAGCUUCGUUAUCACAGUGUAAAGCAAAUCAAUGAAAACAUAGAGCGCUUGGAGUACCAACUACGAAACAAUAAUUUUAAACCCCGGGAAGAACAAAAGAUUUUAGAUGAGAUAUCUAUGUUACAGAGGUCAACAAAGACACUAAAAGAAUAUGAAGCCAAACAGGCUGAAAAUAAGAAAUACAGGGCUGAGAGAUCCAGGCUAAUCGAUGAGCGGAAUAGUAAUUACUCAAAAAUUAAAGCACUUCACGCACAAGAAGACGAGAUUAAAAAAGCCAUGACUGAAUUGCGAGGAGUAAUAUCCAGCAGCAGGAAAAGUAUAGAUCAUUUACGUCAGAUGAAACCAGCAUUGGAGAAGAAGUGGGUUUCCCAAUUACAUCAGCAGCAGGCAGCAAGGAAUAAACGCUUUGAGGACAAAAAACGGCAAAGACAUGAGCAUUUCAAGCCAAGAGACAGGCAGGAGCCCCGCCGCAAAAUAUGGGAAAAGUAUGAUGCCUACAGAGAACCUUAUGAAGAGGAAUGUGACAUGUGCAGAGUGCUUAUCACAUAUUUACAAUCUUCAAUGAAUGCCCUUACUUUGUCAACGCCAUCCAGUGCAAGACUUACUCCCUCAACUCCUGCAGGAACACCAAGCACCCCAGCUUCAGAUCCAGAUUAUGAGGGAUCCUUUUACAUGAAGCCAAAAGAUGAUGAUGGUUUUAUCAGAGUCAGUAAAAGAGAGAGAGCCAAAGCCAAGAAAGAGCACAGGCUAGCCAAACGUGUUAAAGAAUUGCCUCACACUCCUGAUGUUCUUCUUAAAUUUACCAAGUUAUCAAUUUCACCACCCAAAAAUACAGAUGAAAUACCAUGUGUUGUAAUAAAAUUGCAAGAUGCAUUACAACACUACCACCAGCUUUAUGUAGAUGCCAAGAAGAAUAAUGGUAAAGAAAAAUGUAAAGAAAGUAAAACCAAUGAGAGCGAAAAUGUCAAAUGCAUGAGACCCACAAGUUUAGCCAUCACACCACCUCAACUCCUAAUCACAACUACAUCAACAACUACUCCUGGGGCAAGUUCAACCACAUCCUUGCUUUCUGAACCAAUAUCUACCCCUCUCAACAAAGAAAGAAGCUCACAAAAUAACAACCCAUCUUUUCCAUUGCAACUAGACCCUGUUCCUGCCCCUCAUGACAAAAAUAAGUGUUUAACUACUACACUGCCAUCCACUCCACUUGACCAAAACAGAAGAUUGGACGACCCAUGUGUGUCACAUAUGUCCCUUGGUAGUCCAUGUUUACAGCAAGCUAACCCAUUACCAAAUGCCACUGUUACUUCACAACCCCUUUCAUGGGCUGCUGUAGCAACUAAAAAACUAGCAAACCCUGAAUCUAGUACUUCUGUCUUGUGUGAAAUGCCUUCACCUGUCCAGACAGUGUCACAUCAGGAAGUGUUGUGCAAUGGCAACCCAACUCCUGAGACACUCUGUGAACCACAACAAUUUGGUAUCCCCAAUUUAUCUAAUCAAAGAGAAGAAACAAAGUUAUGUAAUGGAAUACUGCCAUUAAACAGCAAUAAUGAAUCCUUCUUUUCAGCACGUAUGUCCUACUCUAGUAAUCUGGUCGAGAUGAACAACAAUACGGCAAGGAGUUAUGCCAAUGUUACUGCUAAGAUUAAUGUAGCUGCAGUAGAGUAUUAAAUACAGUAUAAGGCAUCAGUGAUCUUAUCAUCUCUAGAAUGUGGUAUGACUGUUUUAGUAAUGUUAUCAUCUCUAGAAUGUGAUAUGACUGUUAGUAAGGGGGAGCAAAUGGUACAACAGAGAGGACAUGGGUACUAUCAGUUUUACAUUACAUUUUAUGUGAAGAAUCUAUGCACAAUUCAGCUGUAUAAAUGACUUUUGCACAAUUUUGUCUUUCUUUGUCAAGCACAAUUUGUCUGUUUCUUUGUCAAUUUUAUAUUAUUUUACCAGAACUGGUACAAGUUAGUACUGUAAAUUUGUAAAUAUUCAUAAUUGUACAUAAUUUUAGUUUUAUCUCACAUAUGCUUUAAAAUGUACAUACUGCCUCUGUCUAGUCUUAGGCACCUGGUGUGCUGUAAUAAUCAGUAUAUUCAACAUAUAUAAUUUACUGAGAAGUGUAAAUAGCAGUUUUAUUAAGUCGGUAGGUAUUUAGUUCAUGAAAGGUAUUAUUUUAUGUAUACUUUGUUAAUAAUGUACAGCAAUGUAAUUAUAUAUACAGUAUUGUAUUCCAUGUUAACCUGGUGUUAUAGGGUUACUGCUAAAUAAAUUAUUUAUUUAG